AUGGGCACCGAACCAGAUAAGGCGCGGAAGGAGGAGUCGCCCCCACCACACGGGCGCGCGACCGUCCUCGAAGUCCACGGCAUUGAUGACGCCGCCAUCAUCCCCAAGGGCGCUCUCGACCCGGUCUACGAGGCGAAGGCUCGAGUUCUCAAUCGCGCGAUCCAAGAUAUUGGCAUGGGACGGUAUCAGUGGCAGUUAUUCGUCGUCGUCGGCUUUGGUUGGGCAAGUGACAACCUCUGGCCUAUCGUCACCUCGCUCAUAUUCACUCCCAUCGCAAACGAGUUCAAGCCGACCCGCCCCCCGCUUCUGAGUCUCUCUCAAAACAUAGGUCUGCUGGCUGGAGCCAUGUUCUGGGGGUUCGGCUGCGAUAUCUUCGGUCGCAAGAUAGCCUUCAAUCUCACCUUAGGCCUGACUGCAGUUUGGGGAAUGAUCGCCGCGGGGGCUCCCAACUUCGCAGCCAUCGGCAUCUUUGCGGCUUUCUGGUCUUUUGGGGUGGGAGGCAACCUCCCUGUCGAUUCCGCCAUCUUCCUCGAGUUCUUGCCAGGCACUCAUCAGUACCUGCUAACGGUUUUAUCCAUCGAUUGGGCUAUUGCUCAGGUUAUCGCGACGUUGAUUGCAUGGCCUCUUCUGGGGAAUCUCACAUGUCAACAGGGCCAGACCUGCACCAAAUCGAACAAUAUGGGCUGGCGAUACUUCAUCGUCACCAUUGGGGGCUUGACCCUCGUCAUGUUUCUCGUCCGUUUUGCUCUCUUUACGAUCUACGAAUCACCAAAGUAUCUUAUGGGAAAGGGUCGCGACGAAGAUGCCGUCCGAAUAGUCCAUGAAGUCGCGAGGCGAAACGGCAAGAUAACAUCUCUAUCGGUGGAGGACCUGAAGGCUUGCGAGCCAGAGGGAUACGUCGCUCGAACUGAUGCUACCGCCGCGGUAAAACGAAACCUCGAAAAGUUGGAUCUCAGCCACGUACGCGUCCUCUUCUCGACACCGCGACUUGCACUGAGCACGGGCUUGAUCAUGGCUGUUUGGGCUUUGAUCGGACUUGGGUAUCCUCUGUACAAUGCGUUUAUUCCCUACAUCCAAGCAACCCGCGGCGCGGAAAUCGGCGAUGGAAGCACCAACGUCAUGUAUGCCGUCCUUUAUGGGUUCACGCCCGAGCUCUUCCCGACACCGCAGCGCGGGACCGGCAACGCCUUAACGGCAACUUGCAACCGAAUUUUCGGUAUCAUGGCACCCAUUGUCGCCAUGUUCGCCAACCUCAAGACCUCCGCUCCAGUCUACACCAGUGGUGCCCUGUUCAUCGCAGCUGGGCUUUUGGUGCUCUUCAUGCCGUUCGAGUCGAGAGGCAAGGCCGCUUUGUGA